AUGCAAUCCCCGGUCGAAGCCCUCCCCCAGCCCCAUCUCAUUUCUACUCACUUCUCUCCCCCGCAAGGUCGCUUGUCAUUUGCCCCGUCGCCCUUCCCAGUCUGCUUCCCGCGGCGCUCAUCAACCCGCAGCUUCAGUGCCAUGUCCUGCACAAAGUCAAGAAGAGGCUCUAUCCCCCAUGAACCGCUCGCCACGGUCGCCAGCAGAGUGAAUAGUCUCUGUCGGGAAACUGAGACGCUGGUGGCAAACACAGGCCACCACGAGAAAUGCAUCAUCAAUCAACUGCACCGCUUCGAUGCCUGGGCGGCAUCAAUCGAUGCAUACAGCCGCGAAUCCCGGACGCUCGAGGAGCGGCUGCGACAGUUCUCGCCUUGGCUUCCGUAUGAUACACUGGAGAUGCUGCAUCAUUUGGAAUCGAAUCUAAUUACGUUGGCGGACUAUGUGGAAAAGAUGCAGGACGUGUUUACACCGGUCGAGCAGCGUGGGAAUCUGGGAAAGCUCAUCUGCAAGACCAAGAUGGGCAUCAUUCAUGGCCUCGACAGCCUGGACGGUGUGAAAAAUGCGAUCGGGCCUCAUGAUGAUGAGGCAGACCUUUCGUCAGCGAUUGAUUACGCACUCCCCAGGCGUAUUAAUGUUGCCUAG